AUGUCUUCCUCUGCGGAUUUUUCCGAUGAAGAUGAUUUCAGCCAGAAAUCUGGCUCGGCAUCCCCAGCUCCGGGAGACACCUUACCCUGGAAUUUGCCUAAACAUGAGAGAUCGAAAAGAAAGAUUCAAGGGGGCUCGGUGCUGGACCCUGCCGAGAGGGCAGUGCUUAGGAUAGCGGAUGAACGGGACAAAGUUCAAAAGAAAACAUUUACAAAAUGGAUAAAUCAGCAUCUCAUGAAGGUUCGAAAACAUGUGAAUGAUCUCUAUGAAGACUUAAGGGAUGGACACAAUUUAAUUUCUCUUUUAGAGGUUCUUUCGGGAGAUACCUUGCCCAGAGAGAAAGGUCGGAUGCGUUUUCACAGACUACAGAAUGUACAAAUUGCACUUGACUAUUUGAAAAGACGCCAGGUGAAAUUAGUGAACAUUAGAAAUGAUGACAUAACAGAUGGAAAUCCCAAAUUGACCUUGGGAUUAAUAUGGACAAUAAUUUUGCACUUUCAGAUAUCUGAUAUCCAUGUUACUGGAGAGUCAGAGGAUAUGUCUGCAAAGGAGAGAUUGCUACUGUGGACACAGCAGGCAACAGAGGGUUAUGCUGGAAUUCGAUGUGAAAACUUCACUACCUGCUGGAGAGAUGGAAAACUAUUUAAUGCCAUCAUUCACAAAUACAGGCCGGACCUGAUAGACAUGAAUACUGUUGCUGUUCAAAGCAACCUUGCAAAUUUAGAGCACGCUUUUUAUGUAGCAGAAAAAAUUGGUGUUAUAAGACUUCUGGACCCUGAAGAUGUUGAUGUCUCCUCACCUGAUGAAAAAUCAGUAAUAACUUAUGUUUCAUCUCUCUAUGAUGCAUUUCCUAAAGUCCCUGAAGGUGGUGAAGGCAUUGGUGCAAAUGAUGUUGAAGUCAAAUGGAUUGAAUACCAGAAUAUGGUGAACUACCUCAUCCAGUGGAUUAGACACCAUGUGACCACAAUGUCUGAGAGAACAUUUCCUAAUAAUCCUGUGGAACUAAAGGCACUUUAUAAUCAGUAUUUACAGUUUAAAGAAACAGAAAUUCCACCAAAGGAGACAGAAAAAUCAAAAAUUAAACGCCUAUAUAAAUUAUUAGAGAUUUGGAUAGAAUUUGGACGCAUCAAACUCCUUCAAGGUUAUCAUCCAAAUGACAUAGAAAAAGAGUGGGGGAAACUCAUUAUUGCCAUGCUCGAGAGGGAGAAGGCACUUCGUCCAGAAGUAGAAAGGGUCGCAAAACUACGUGAUGAAAUUAUGGCCUUAAGGAAUGAAUGUUCCUCUGUGUACAGCAAAGGACGCCUGCUGACGACAGAACAGACGAAGCUCAUGAUAUCAGGAAUCACCCAGAGUUUAAACUCAGGAUUUUCACAGACCUUACACCCCAGUCUGAACUCAGGGUUGACCCAGAGUUUGACACCUUCCCUGACGUCUUCUAGUGUGACUUCUGGCCUGUCAUCAGGGAUGACUUCUCGCCUAACUCCGUCUGUCACUCCAGCUUAUACACCUGGUUUCCCAUCAGGAUUAGUUUCAAAUUUCAGUUCAGGAGUAGAGCCAAAUUCAUUGCAAACUCUGAAGUUGAUGCAGAUCCGAAAACCCCUUCUAAAGUCUUCUUUGCUGGAUCAAAAUUUAACAGAAGAGGAAAUCAACAUGAAAUUUGUUCAGGAUCUUUUGAAUUGGGUUGAUGAGAUGCAGGUACAGCUGGACCGCACUGAGUGGGGCUCAGAUUUGCCAAGUGUUGAAAGCCAUUUAGAAAAUCAUAAAAAUGUUCACAAAGCUAUUGAAGAAUUUGAAUCUAGCCUUAAAGAAGCUAAAAUCAGUGAGAUUCAAAUGACAGCACCUCUUAAACUAACUUAUGCAGAAAAGUUGCACAGAUUAGAGAGUCAGUAUGCGAAACUCUUGAAUACAUCCAGGAAUCAGGAAAGGCACCUUGAUACGUCGGAAAUGUUGCAGCAGAUUGCCAACCGAGUUCAGAGGGACAGUGUCAUCUGUGAAGACAAACUGAUUCUUGCCCGAAAUGCUCUCCAGUCUGAUUCUAAAAGAUUAGAAUCAGGGGUGCAGUUUCAGAAUGAAGCAGAAAUUGCCGGUUAUAUACUCGAAUGUGAGAACCUUUUACGCCAGCAUGUAAUUGAUGUACAGAUUCUUAUUGAUGGAAAAUAUUACCAGGCAGAUCAGUUGGCCUACAGGGCGGCCAUGCAGACGCAGUGGAGCUGGAUCUUACAGCUGUGCCAGUGUGUGGAGCAGCACAUAAAGGAGAACACGGCAUAUUUCGAGUUUUUCAAUGAUGCCAAAGAAGCCACUGAUUACUUAAGGAAUCUCAAAGAUGCUAUUCAGCGGAAGUACAGCUGUGAUCGAUCAAGCAGCAUUCACAAGCUGGAAGACCUUGUUCAGGAAUCAAUGGAAGAGAAAGAAGAACUUCUGCAGUACAAAAGCACAGUGGCAACCUUGAUGGGGAAAGCAAAAACAAUAAUUCAGCUGAAGCCGAGGAACUCUGACUGUCCACUCAAAACUUCUAUUCCAAUCAAAGCUAUUUGUGACUACAGACAAAUUGAGAUAACCAUUUACAAAGAUGAUGAAUGUGUUUUGGCGAAUAACUCUCAUCGUGCUAAAUGGAAGGUCAUUAGUCCUACCGGGAAUGAGGCUAUGGUCCCAUCCGUGUGCUUCACCGUUCCUCCCCCAAACAAAGAAGCGGUUGACCUUGCAAACAGAAUUGAGCAACAGUAUCAGAAUGUCCUGAGUCUUUGGCAUGAGUCUCACAUAAACAUGAAGAGUGUAGUGUCCUGGCAUUAUCUUAUCAAUGAAAUUGAUAAAAUUCGAGCUAGCAAUGUGGCUUCAAUAAAGACAAUGUUACCUGGUGAACAUCAGCAAGUUCUGAGUAAUCUACAAUCUCGUUUUGACGAUUUUCUAGAAGACAGCCAGGAAUCCCAAAUAUUUUCAGGCUCAGAUAUAACACAACUGGAAAAGGAGGUUAAUGUGUGUAAGCAGUAUUAUCAAGAACUUCUUAAAUCUGCAGAAAGAGAGGAGCAAGAGGAAUCAAUUUAUAAUCUCUAUAUCUCUGAAGUUCGAAACAUCAGACUUCGGUUAGAGAACUGUGAAGAUCGAUUGAUUAGACAGAUCCGAACUCCCCUGGAAAGAGAUGAUUUGCAUGAAAGUGUGUUCAGAAUUACAGAGCAGGAGAAACUAAAGAAAGAACUGGAACGACUUAAAGAUGAUUUGGGAACAAUCACAAAUAAAUGUGAAGAAUUUUUCAGUCAAGCAGCAGCCUCUCCCUCAGUUCCUACCUUACGGUCUGAGCUCAGUGUGGUUGUUCAGAACAUGAACCAAGUCUAUUCUAUGUCUUCCACUUACAUAGAUAAGUUGAAAACUGUCAAUUUGGUGUUAAAAAACACUCAAGCUGCAGAAGCCCUUGUAAAACUCUAUGAAACAAAACUGUGUGAAGAAGAAGCAGUUAUAGCUGACAAGAAUAAUAUUGAGAAUCUAAUAAGUACUUUAAAGCAAUGGCGAUCUGAAGUAGAUGAAAAGAGAGAGGUAUUCCAUGCAUUAGAGGACGAGUUGCAGAAAGCUAAAGCCAUCAGUGAUGAAAUGUUUAAAACGUAUAAAGAACGGGACCUGGAUUUUGACUGGCACAAAGAAAAAGCAGAUCAAUUAGUUGAAAGAUGGCAAAAUGUUCACGUGCAGAUUGACAACAGGUUGAUGCUGGUGUCUGAAAUAGAAAUGAAACAGAGCAAAAUGGAUGAGUGUCAAAAAUAUGCGGAACAGUACUCAGCUACAGUGAAGGUAAGAAGACUCACUUACAUGAAAAGGUGUAAGGAGGCUUCUGAACAUGGGGCAUAUUCAGAUCUGCUUCAGCGUCAGAAGGCAACAGUGAUUGAGAAUAGCAAACUUACCGGGAAGAUAAGUGAACUGGAAAAAAUGGUAGCCGAACUAAAGAAACAAAAGUCUCGAGUCGAGGAAGAACUUCCUAAGGUCAAGGAGGCUGCAGAAAAUGAAUUGAGAAGGCAGCAGAGAAAUGUAGAAGACAUUGCUCUGCAGAAGAUAAGGGCAGAAAGCGAAGCCAAGCAGUACCGCAGGGAACUUGAGGCCAUCGUGAGAGAGAAGGAAGCCGCAGAACGGGAACUGGAGCGGGUGAGACAGCUCACGAUCGAGGCCGAGGCUAAAAGAGCGGCUGUGGAAGACAACCUGCUGAAUUUUCGCAAUCAGUUAGAGGAAAACACCUUCACCAGGAGAACACUGGAAGAUCAUCUUAAAAGGAAAGAUUUAAGUCUCAAUGAUUUGGAGCAACAAAAAAAUAAGUUAAUGGAAGAAUUAAGACGAAAAAGAGACAAUGAGGAAGAACUCUUGAAGCUAAUAAAGCAGAUGGAAAAAGACCUUGCAUUUCAAAAACAGGUAGCAGAGAAACAGUUGAAAGAAAAGCAGAAAAUUGAAUUGGAAGCAAGAAGAAAAAUAACUGAAAUUCAAUAUUCAUGUAGAGAAAAUUCAUUGCCAACUUAUGCGAUCACACAGGCUACGUCAUGUGGGGCAGUAAGUGGUCUUCAGAAAGAAAAUGACAAACAGAAAGCAGAAGAACUCAAACAGCAGGUAGAUGAACUAACAGUCGCCAACAGGAAGGCCGAAAAAGACAUGAGGGAGCUAAAGUAUGAACUUGAUGCCCUCCAACUUGAAAAAACCUCAUCUGAAGAAAAGGCUCGUUUGCUAAAAGAUAAACUAGAUGAAACAAAUAAUACACUGAAGUGCCUGAAGUUGGAGUUGGAAAGGAAGAAUCAAGUAGAGGAAGGGUAUUCUCAACAACUCCGAGAACUUAGUAGGCAAUUGAACCAAACCACAGGUAAAGCUGAAGAAGCCAUGCAAGAAGCAAAUGAUCUCAAGAAAAUAAAGCACAAUUAUCAGUUAGAAUUAGAAUCUCUUCAUCAUGAAAAAGGGAAACUGCAAAGAGAAGUAGACAGAAUCACCAGGGCACAUGCUGUAGCUGAGAGGGAUAUUCAGCAUUUAAAUUCACAAGUUCAUUCUUUACAGGAUAAGAAGGAAUUUGAAAGAGUACGAAUAUGCCGGAGAAAAUCAGAUCAUCUAAAAGAACAAUUUGAGAAAAGCCAUGAGCAGUUGCUUCAAAAUAUUAAAGCCGAAAAAGAAAAUAAUGAUAAAAUCCAAAAGCUUAAUGAAGAAUUAGAGAAAAGUAAUCAGUGUGCAGAACUAAUGAAACAAAAAGUAGAUGAGCUUACUAGGCAGAAUAAUGAAACCAAAUUAAUGAUGCAGAGAAUUCAGGCAGAAUCGGAGAAAGUAGUUUUGGAGAAACAAGCUAUCCAGCAAAGAUGUGAAACACUGAAAAUUCAGGCAGAUGGUUUUAAAGAUCAGCUACGCAGCACAAAUGAACACUUGCAUAAACAGACAAAAACAGAACAGGAUUUCCAUAGACGAAUUAAAUGCCUCGAAGAAGACCUGGCUAAAAGUCAAAGUUUAGUAAGUGAAUUUAAGCAAAAGUGUGACCAGCAGAACAUUAUCAUCCAGAAUACCGAGAAAGAAGUGAGAAAUUUGAAUGCAGAGCUCAAUGCUUCCAAAGAAGAAAAGCGACGGGGGGAGCAGAAAGUUCAGCUACAACAAGCUCAGGUGCAAGAGUUAAAUAAUAGGUUGAAAAAGGUCCAAGAUGAGUUGCACUUAAAGACCAUAGAGGAGCAGAUGACUCACAGAAAGAUGGUUCUGUUUCAGGAAGAAUCUGACAAAUUCAAACGUUCAGCAGAGGAGUUUCGGAAAAAGAUGGAAAAAUUAAUGGAGUCCAAAGUCAUCACUGAAAAUGACAUUUCAGGCAUUAAGCUUGAUUUUGUGUCUCUUCAGCAAGAAAACUACAGAGCUCAAGAGAAUGCUAAGGUUUGUGAAACAAAUAUUAAAGAACUUGAAAAACAGCUUCAGCAAUAUCGUGAGCAGGUGCAACAAGGGCGGCAUGUGGAAGCAAAUCAUUACCAAAAAUGUCGGAAGCUUGAGGAUGAGCUGAUAGCCCAGAAACGUGAAGUUGAAAACCUGAAGCAAAAAAUGGACCAACAGAUAAAGGAGCAUGAGCAUCAGUUAGUUUUGCUCCAGUGUGAAAUCCAAAAAAAGAACAUGGCCAAAGACUGUACCUUCAAACCAGAUUUUGAGAUGACAGUGAAGGAGUGUCAACAAUCUGGAGAGCUCUCCUCUAGGAGCACUGGACAGCUUCACCCAGCAGCCACAUCUCCUCUGUUGAGAUGGACUCAAGAACCAAAGCAGUUAGAAGAAAAGUGGCAGCAUCGGGUUGUAGAGCAAAUGCCAACAGAAGUUCAAUUCUGGCCACCAGGGGCUCCACUGGAGAAAGAGAAAAGCCAGCAGUGUUACUCAGAGUACUUUUCUCAAACAAGCACUGAAUUACAGAUAACUUUUGAUGAGACAAACCCUAUGACAAGACUGUCAGAAAUUGAGAAGAUAAGAGAUCAAGCCCUGCACAAUUCCAGACCACCUGUUAAGUACCAAGAUAGCAAAUGCGAGAUGGAACUGGUGAAGCUUUUGACACCCUUAGAGAUAGCUAAGAACAAGCAGUGUGAUAUGCAUACAGAAGUCACAAUCUUAAAACAAGAAAAGAAUCCAGUUCCGAGUGCCGAAGAAUGGAUGCUUGAAGGGUACAGAGCGUCUGGUGGACUCACGAGAGAUUUCCUUAAGAAAGGCUUAGAACCAGACACGUUCCAGAACUUUGAUGGCGAUCAUGCGUGUUCAGUUAGAGAUGAUGAGUUUAAAUUCCAGGGGCUCAGGCACACUGUGACUGCCAGGCAGUUGGUUGAAGCUAAACUUCUGGACAUGAGAACGAUUGAGCAGCUGCGACUUGGUCUUAAGACUGUUGAAGAAGUUCAGAAAACUCUUAGCAAGUUUUUGACAAAAGCCACCUCAAUUUCAGGGCUUUACCUAGAAUCUACAAAAGAAAAGAUUUCAUUUUCCUCAGCAGCCAAGAGAAUCAUAAUAGACAAAAUGAUGGCUUUGGCAUUUUUAGAGGCUCAGGCUGCAACAGGUUUUAUAAUCGAUCCCAUUUCAGGUCAGACAUUUUCUGUUGAAGAUGCAGUUCUGAAAGGAGUUGUUGACUCUGAAUUUAGAGUUAGGCUUCUUGAGGCAGAGAAGGCAGCUGUGGGGUAUUCACAUUCUUCUAAGACAUUGUCAGUGUUUCAAGCUAUGGAAAAUAGAAUGCUUGACAGACAAAAAGGUAAACAUAUCUUGGAGGCCCAGAUUGCCAGUGGGGGCGUCAUUGACCCUGUGAGGGGCAUUCGUGUUCCUCCAGAAAUUGCUCUGCAGCAAGGGUUAUUAAAUAAUGCCAUCUUACAGUUUUUACAUGAGCCCUCCAGCAACACAAGAGUUUUUCCUAAUCCUAAUAACAGGCAAGCUCUGUAUUAUUCAGAAUUAUUGCGAAUGUGUGUAUUUGAUAUAGAUUGCCAGUGCCUUCUAUUUCCAUUUGGGGAGAGGAACAUUUCCAAUCUCAAUGUGGAGAAAACUCAUAAAAUUUCUGUAGUAGAUAUUAAAACAGGAGCAGAACUGACUGCAUAUGAGGCUUUCCAGAGAAACCUAAUUGAAAAAAGUAUGUAUCUUCAACUUUCAGGGCAGCAAUAUCAGUGGAAGGAAGCCACAUUUUUUGAAUCCUAUGGGCAUCCUUCUCAUAUGCUGACUGAUACUAAAACAGGAUUACAGUUCAAUAUCAAUGAGGCUAUCGAGCAGGGAACAGUUGACAAAGCCAUGGUCAAAAAGUAUCAGGAAGGCCUCAUCACGCUUACAGAACUUGCUGAUUCUUUGCUCUGUCGGUUAGUUCCCAAGAAGGAUUUGCAUAGUCCUGUUGCAGGGUAUUGGCUGACUGCUAGUGGGGAAAGGAUCUCUGUACUAAAGGCCUCCCGUAGAAAUUUGGUUGAUCGGAUUACUGCCCUCAGAUGCCUGGAAGCCCAAGUCAGUACAGGGGGGAUCAUUGAUCCUCUUACUGGCAAAAAGUACCGGGUGGCUGAAGCUUUACACAGAGGCCUAGUUGAUGAGGGGUUUGCCCAGCAACUGCGACAGUGUGAAUUAGUAAUCACAGGGAUUGGCCAUCCCGUCACUAAGAAAGUGAUGUCAGUGAUGGAAGCGGUGAAUGCAAAUAUCAUAAGUAAGGAAAUGGGAAUCCGAUGUCUGGAAUUUCAGUACUUGACAGGGGGGUUGAUCGAGCCGCAGGUUCACUCUCGGUUGUCAAUAGAAGAGGCUCUCCAAAAGUCACUGGAAGAAGAAAAGAAAGAGCAUGUUGAUAAGGCCAAAGAAUUGCAGAAAUGGGUGUCAAAUAUCAGCAAGACAUUGAAAGAUGGAGAGAAGGCUGGAAAAUCUCCCUUCUCUGAGCAAAAGAUAUCCAGUGAGGAAAUAUCAACCAAGAAGGAACAAUUAUCUGAAGCACUUCAAACCAUGCAGCUGUUUUUGGCUAAACAUGGAGACAAAAUGACAGAUGAAGAAAGAAAUGAACUGGAAAAACAAGUGAAAACUCUUCAAGAAGGUUAUAAUUUAUUAUUCAGUGAAUCUCUGAAGCAACUGCAAGAAUCACAAACCUCAGGAGAUGUAAAGGUAGAGGAAAAGCUGGAUAAAGUGAUUGCAGGCACCAUUGAUCAGACAACUGGAGAAGUCCUUUCCAUCUUUCAGGCAGUUUUAAGAGGCCUCAUUGAUUAUGGGACAGGAAUUAGGUUGCUUGAGUCACAGCUAAUGAUUUCUGGUCUAAUUUCACCAGAAUUAAAAAAGUGCUUUGAUCUUAAAGAUGCCGAAAGCCAUGGCGUUAUUGAUGAGCAAAUUCUGUGCCAACUCCAAGAACUAAAUAAUGCUAAGGAGAUUAUUUCUGCUAUGUCAUCUACUACAAUUCCAGUACUGGAUGCUCUGGCUCAAAGUGUGAUAUCAGAAUCCAUGGCCAUCAAAGUUCUUGAGAUACUGCUUUCCACAGGCUUUCUGGUUAUUCCAGCCACAGGAGAACAGUUGACCCUACAGAAGGCUUUCCAACAGAACUUGAUUUCCUCCUCAUUAUUUUCUAAAGUCCUGGAAAGACAAAAUAUGUGCAAAGAUCUUAUUGACCCAUACACCUCUGAGAAGGUGUCUUUAAUAGAUAUGGUACAAAGAAGUAUUUUACAAGAGAACACUGGAAUGUGGCUUCUACCUGUGAGACCACAAGAAGGAGGUAGAAUAACAUUAAAAUGUGGAAGAAACAUAAGCAUUUUAAGAGCAGCUCAUGAAGGUCUCAUAGACCGUGAAACCAUGUUUAGGUUAUUAGGGGCACAGCUUCUUUCUGGAGGUCUGAUCAAUGGCAACUCUGGUCAAAGAAUGACUGUUGAAGAAGCUAUGGCAGAAGGGGUGAUUGACAGAGACACUGCCAGCAGUGUUCUCACGUACCAGGUUGAAACUGGUGGAAUCAUCCACUCAAACCCUGCCAAACGUUUAACUGUAGACGAAGCAGUCCAGUGUGAUUUGAUUACUUCCAGUAGUGCUCUUCUGGUACUAGAGGCUCAGCGAGGCUAUGUUGGACUCAUUUGGCCCCACUCUGGUGAAAUAUUUCCCACGUCUUCGUCCUUGCAGCAAGAGUUGAUUACAAAUGAAUUGGCCUACAAAAUCCUGAACGGCAGGCAGAAAAUAGCUGCUCUUUAUAUUCCAGAAAGUUCUCAGGUCAUUGGUUUGGAUGUUGCUAAACAGCUGGGAAUUAUAGAUAAUAACACAGCAUUGAUUUUAAAAAAUAUAAUACUGCCUGAUAAAAUGCCAGAUUUAGGAGAUUUAGAAACUUGUAAAAAUGCCAGAAGAUGGCUCUCUUUUUGUAAAUUCCAGCCAUCUACAGUUCAUGAUUAUAGGCAAGAAGAGGAUGUUUUUGAUGGAGAAGAACCAGUGGCAACUCAGAGCUCAGAGCAAACUAAAAAAUUAUUCCUAUCUUAUUUGAUGAUAAAUAGCUAUAUGGAUGCAAACACAGGGCAGAGGCUUUUGCUGUAUGAUGGUGACUUGGAUGAGGCUGUUGGCAUGCUACUGGAAGGCUGUAGUACAGAACUGGAUGGGGACACACCCGUAAAAGAUUGUCUCGAUGUCUUAAGCUUCCCUGGCAUAUUUCUUAAUAAUGCUCCAAGUAAAGAAAAGGAUGAAUGUGCAGUUUCACCAGGUCAUUUUGAUCAAUGUCAUUGCAGAGAGCCUGAACAUAAAGAGACCCCUGAAAAUAAAAACAGUGUGAUAGAUGAAGAAUUUCAUGAAAUGAGAAAUAAUGUUAUCAGUAGUGGAUUUUGGCAGUCAGAAAGCCCGGCAAAUAUAAUACCAAUUGAUCAUAAAGUUAACAGUUCAUCCAGUGUGUGUGUUCCCAGUCCCGUAUCAUAUUUAACACAGACUGAACUUGCAGAAGUUAGCAUGCUUAGACAUGACUCUGAAAACAUGCUUAAACACUGUGAAAAUCAAACUCAAGUUGAAACUAAGGAACAUGCAAAUGAAUGUAGUCAUUCUAAAGACAUUAAAAACUUUGCAAGUGAUUUGAUAACAAAUCCUAUUGUGAAAUCAAAAACGAGUAGAUUCUGUGAUUUGAGUGAAACAGAGAAUGAAGAUAAUAUAAACAAGGAUUCACUUAUCUUUGACUAUUCCCCCAGACUAAGUGCCCUGUUAACUCAUGACAAAUUGAGGCACAGUCAGGGAGGUUUUAAUGAUGCACACACACCAGACAGUAGUGGAAAUAAAUGUGACAACUCUACAUUGUCAUUCAAUGACCAAACAACGUUAUCAGGUCAUAGAAUGGGAGAAAAAUUUCAAGACCAGUUUCUGGGAAUUGCAGCUAUCAACAUUAGUUUACAGGGAGAGGACUCUGGACAGAAAGCUUUAAAUAUUGGUUGUAGUAAUCCUCAAGUACAAUGUCACAAUGAUAAAUACAUUUCAUAUACUUCUGGUGAGGAUGAAAAAAUACAUACUGCUUCUCGGCAGAAACCUGAGGAUGAGCAGAAUGAGGCUGAAUUGGAAGAGUACUCCCGUGCAGCUCCUGUUUGUGGGAUGCCAUUGCUCGAAGAAACCAUCAGUGCUGGUGACUAUGAAACGUCACUACUGGAUGGUCAGAAGAGUGACACAGGAACAGACACUGAUAGUGAUGAUGACUUUUACGAUACCCCCUUGUUUGAAGAUGAUGACCAUGAUUCUCUGCUUCUUGAAGGUGAUGAUCGGGAUGGUCUGCAACCCGAGGACUAUGACACGCUGCAAGAGGAAAAUGAUGGGAUGACUCCUCUGGGUGAUGUUUUUUAUGAUGUUUCAAAAGGGAAUGAAAAUUCUGUGGUUUCCCAGGAGGGACUAGUUGGUAGCUUAAGUGUGAGGGGCAAAGCACAGUGUCUUCAGGAUUUUCUCGUAGGUAUUGAGAAAGCUGAAUUAGAUUCUGGUGAAGAAAUACAUUUAAAUUCGUUUAGCUCAGAGAAAGUGAACAGACAGUCACUGGAAACUGUGUUAGAAAGGGAAUGCACAAAUAACCUUGAAGGUGAUGAGUCUGACUCAUUCACUGAUUAUGAAAUUGUAGGAAAGGAAGAGAGCUUCAGUGCUUCAUUAAAAUUUGAUGACACUGGCUGUUGGAGAGGAAGAAAAGAAGAGUAUGUAACUGGACAAGAAUUUCAAUCUGAUACUGAUUAUUUAGAUUCUAUGCAAAGUGAAGAAAGUUAUGGGGAUUAUAUAUGUGACAGUAAUGAUCAGGAUGAUGAUGAUGAUGAUGAUAGUGGUGCUGAUGACCAUGGCCGUGGUGAUGUCAAUGUUGGUGUUGAAGAAGGAGGAGGAGGAGUGGGAGAGGAAAACAGAAAGCCAAAGUGCCAAGACGAGACUGAAGAUAUGGAUAUCCAGUUGUGUGCCUCCAUUGUGAGUGAAAAGGAAAACAAUGAUGAAAGUCAAAGUAUUAAUAAAACAAUUUUCCUGGAUAAAAGGAAUGAUUAUAGUUUUAUAGAAAAACAGCAAAGUGCAAAUGUUUUACAGCUGGAAUCAACCAGUAAGAGUAGCUUAGUUAAUGAAAGAAGGAACGCUCCAGAAUAUACAACUGAGAUUGUUGGAAAAAGCAAAGAAAAUCUGUUGAAUGAUGAGAUAACACUUAAGGAUAUAUUGCUGCCUACCAUUAAAGAUGCUGAAUCUGAAAAAACCUUUGGCUCUGUAAAUAUUUCAUCUAAUAAUAGUAAUAUCAGUUCCAGUUCUGAAUUAGGUAGUCUAACAAACACAGAGGUUAAGUUGAUUCAAGAGCCACAAUCUACUGACUCUGUGAAAGGUAGAGAUCAAUAUUUUGAGGAUGUAACACCUAAAGUUGACUCGUCUUUGGAUAAAAUCAUUUAUUCUGAGCCUGAUUUAAUAGGAGAACCUGCUGAGAGAAGCCAUUUUUCAUCCAUAGCUUCUGUCACUGACAAAGAUCAUGAAGGAAAUGGAAGAGAUCUUAUUAAAGGGAGAGAUGACAAAAAUGAUGCACCAAUAGAAGAUGAGAAAUCAAUUCAGAAAGCAUACUCGGGUAGAGGAGAAGUGCUUGUAGAAGGUCUAGUAGAAGAAGACAAUGAAUAUCUCCAGCUUUUGCCUAGUAAAAGUACAAGGGAUAGUUCCAAUUUAGCUAAUAGUCCACUUCCAUUUCCACAAAUCACAAACAAUGAAGAACUUAAUCAGAAAGGAAGCCUUAAAAAAGCAACUGUGGCUCUUAAAGAUGAACCAGAGAAUCUACAAACAAUGGUUGGUAAAAGUCCAGUUCAGUUUGAGAACCUUGAAGAAAUAUUUGACACAUCAGUCUCCAAAGUUAUCAGUGAUGACAUUACUUCAGACAUUCCAUCCUCUGAAGGGAGUACAUGUAUUGAGAAACAUUCACUCACUGAUGGUCCUGAAAAAGAGCUUGAUUUGUUUGCUUAUUUAAAACAUUGUGCUAAAAAUAUAAAAGCAAAAGAUCUGCCAAAACCAAAUGAAGAUAUCCCAAGCUGUGUUUUAAUAGCUGCCCCUCCUGUGAAGGAGCAUUUACAAUUAGGAAUUAAUCAUGCAGAAGAGAAGUCAACUCGUUCCCAAGAAGACUCGCCUCUAAAAGAGAUGAUCCAACAUAAUGAUCUUUGUACUAAAGAAAGCAUCACAGAAGGAGGAACAGAAAUUCCUCAGUUAACACCAGAAAGUAAAGAAACCACGCUUUCCAUCUUACCUCUUAAAAAUGUGGAAGACCUUGGAAAAAAUACUGAUUUUGUGCCUUCAGAGCUCUGUAGAAAUGGAAUAAAAAAUGAUAAUUCCAGUAGCACUUUAGAUACUGACUACUCACUCUUAGAAAUUAACAAGGAGAAAGAAAGAAUUGAGAAACAGCCACCGAAAGAACAAGCCUUGUCUCCAAGACCCCAAGAAAAGGAGGUUCAGAUUCCUGAAUUAUCUCAGGUAUUUGUUGAGGAUGUAAAGGAUAUCUUAAAAAGCAGGUUGAAAGAAAGUCAUAGAAAUCCUCAAGAUGUUGAAGAACCUUUGGCCUGUGUAGACACUAGGAUUUUAAUUCAAAACUUAAUUAAAAGAGUUAGCACAUCACAGUUGGUAAAUGAAGCAUCUAAUAUUCCCAGUGACUCUAAAAUCAGUGACUAUACUGGAAUUUCCCCCAUUAGUAGUUCAUCGGAACUAAGAGCAGAGAAUAGAGAUGAUCCUAUUGCAAAUCUUAAGUCUCAGCUUCUCCUUGCUAUACUGAAGCAAAAUCAACAUAGCCAAAAGAUUCCAGGAGCAUUUGAAUUGAUGAGAGAAUUAACUCAAAUGGAGUAUGACCUCAGCAAAAGAGGUAUUACAUCUACAGUCCUUCCACUACAACUUGAAAAUAUUUUCUGCAAGCUGCUUGCUGAUGGAUAUUCGGAAAAAGUAGAACAGGUUGGAGACUUGAAUCAAAAAGCAUGUAGUACUUCUGAGAUGGUGGAAGAAAAGCCACAUGUUCUUGGUGAUCUUAAAAGCAAAGAAGGAAACCACUGUUCUCUUAAUUUACAAACUAUAAAAGAAAUUGGACUAGAAAGUUCUACGGUGUGUGCAUCAGCAUUGCCAAGAGAUGAGAAGCUUGAGGAGCUAGGCAAUGAUUCCCCAAACCAUUUGGAAUGUAUUUCAGAGUCAAAACGAAUGACUUCUGGAGAUUGCUCAAUGGAACAAUUUUCCAGCGAGUUGCAGCAGUGUUUACAGCACACUGAAAAAAUGCAUGAGUAUUUGGCUUUGCUUCAAGAUAUGAAACCCCCCUUAGACAACCAGGAGUCUCUGGAUAACAAUUUAGAAACUUUGAAGAAUCAAUUUAAACAGUUAGAGACAUUUGAAUUGGGAUUGGCUCCAAUUGCUGUGAUUUUAAGAAAAGAUAUGAAGUUGGCAGAAGAUUUCUUAAAGUCUCUUCCCAGUGACUUUCCCAGAGGGCAUCUCGAGGAAUUGAGUGCAAGCCAUCAGAGUUUGCAGACUGCCUUCUCUUCCCUCAGCAACAUGUCUUCAGAAAGAAGGAAACAGAUCAUGCUUGCAAUUGACUCUGAAAUGAAUGUAAUAAAAGAACUUGGACAUACCAAAAUGCAGCUGGAAACUACUGCCUUUGAUGUGCAGUUCUUCAUUUCUGAAUAUGCACAAGAUCUGUCUCCCAACCAAAACAAACAACUGCUGGGGCUCUUAAACACAACUCAGAAGUGUUUUCUGGAUGUACAGGAAUCAGUAACUACCCAGGUGGAACGUUUAGAGACUCAGUUACAGCUAGAACAAGAUCUUGAUGACCAGAAGGCGCAACAUGAGAAGAUCAUCUCUCAGCACCAAGCUGUCAUCAUAGCCACUCAGUCUGCACAAGCCUUGCUCGAGAAACAGGGUCACUAUCUCUCUCCUGAGGAAAAAGAGAAACUGCAGAAGAACAUGAAAGAACUGAAAGCCCAUUACGAAACUGCACUGGCUGAGUCAGAGAAGAAAAUGAAGUUAACGCACUCUCUGCAGGAAGAAUUAGAAAAGUUCGAUGCGGAUUAUGCCGAGUUUGAGCACUGGCUACAGCAGUCAGAACAAGAACUUGAAAACCUGGAGGCAGGUGCAGAUGACUUCAGUGGUUUAAUGACUAAAUUGAAGAGGCAGAAGAGUUUCUCAGAAGAUGUUAUUUCUCACAAAGGUGACUUGAGGUACAUCACAAUUUCUGGAAACAGAGUGUUAGAAGCUGCCAAAUCUUGCAGCAGAAGAGAUGGCAGCAGGGUUGACAAGGCUAACAUUGACACUUCAGCAACCCACAGAGAAGUUCAGAGCAAACUGGAUCAUGCUACCGAUCGGUUCAGGUCUCUCUACUCUAAGUGCAAUGUUCUUGGAAAUAAUCUUAAAGAUCUGGUGGAUAAAUAUCAACACUAUGAAGAUGCUUCGUGUGGACUUAUUUCCGGACUCCAAGCCUGUGAGGCCACAGCGAGCAAACAUUUAUCUGAACCAAUUGCUGUGGACCCCAAAAAUCUGCAAAGACAAUUAGAGGAGACCAAGGCUCUGCAAGGACAAAUAUCAAGUCAGCAGGUUGCUGUAGAGAAACUGAAGAAAACAGCUGAAGUGCUUUUGGAUGCCAGGGGAUCUUUACUUCCAGCCAAGAAUGAUAUCCAGAAAACACUUGAUGACAUUGUUGGGAGAUAUGACGAUCUGUCCAAGUCUGUUAAUGAACGAAAUGAAAAACUCCAGAUAACCCUGACCCGUUCGCUGAGUGUUCAGGAUGGCUUGGAUGAAAUGCUGGACUGGAUGGGAAGUGUGGAAAGUUCUCUCAAAGAACAAGGCCAAGUGCCCUUAAACUCUGCUGCUCUUCAGGAUAUCAUCAGUAAAAACCUUAUGUUGGAACAGGAUAUUGCAGGUCGUCAGAGCAGUAUUAAUGCCAUGAAUGAAAAAGUAAAGAAAUUUAUGGAAACAACAGACCCAUCCACUGCAUCCUCACUGCAAGCCAAAAUGAAGGACUUGUCUGUUCGGUUUGCGGAAGCAGGUCGUAAGCACAAAGAAAAACUUGCCAAAAUGGAGGAGCUAAAAACCAAAGUAGAACUGUUUGAGAACCUCUCAGAAAAGCUCCAGACAUUUUUGGAAACAAAAACUCAGGCUCUUACUGAAGUAGAUGUGCCAGGAAAAGAUGUUACUGAAUUGUCUCAGCAUAUGCAGGAAUCAACUUCUGAAUUCUUAGAACACAAGAAAGACCUUGAAGUUUUGCAUAGUCUCCUGAAAGAGAUAUCCAGCCAUGGCUUACCAGGUGAUAAAGCUCUGGUUUUUGAAAAAACAAAUAAUUUGUCAAAGAAAUUCAAAGAAAUGGAGGAUACCAUCAAAGAAAAAUUUAAUAUUUUUGCAGGUGGAGUAGUAUUAAAUGGUGAAGGAACAGCUCCAAAUACUCAGGAAUUUUUGGCAAAUAAAGGUUUAACAUCCAUUAAAAAGGAUAUGACCGACAUAAGUCAUGGUUAUGAAGAUCUUGGCCUCUUACUCAAGGACAAAAUAGCAGAACUGAAUUCUAAACUCUCCAAAUUGCAAAAAGCUCAGGAAGAAUCAAGUGCAAUGAUGCAGUGGUUACAGAAAAUGAACAAAACUGCAACAAAAUGGCAUGAGAAACCCACACCUACAGAUACUGAAGCUGUGAAGGCUCAAGUUGAGCAGAAUAAGUCAUUCGAGGCUGAACUGAAGCAAAAUGUAAACAAAGUACAGGAGUUGAAAGACACAUUAACAGAACUAUUGGAGGAGAACCCAGAUACUCCCGAGGCCUCCAAAUGGAAACAGAUGUUGACAGAAAUAGAGUCUAAAUGGCAAGAACUCAAUCAGUUAACAAUUGAUAGACAACAAAAACUGGAAGAAUCCUCCAAUAACCUAACCCAAUUCCAGACUAUAGAGGCCCAGUUAAAACAGUGGCUUGUGGAAAAAGAACUGAUGGUCAGUGUUCUUGGGCCCUUGUCCAUUGACCCAAAUAUGCUAAACACGCAAAGGCAGCAGGUGCAGAUUCUGCUGCAAGAAUUUGAUACUCGGAAACCUCAAUAUGAGCAGCUAACAGCAGCUGGUCAGGGCAUUUUGAGCAGACCUGGAGAAGACCCUUCUUUACAUGGGAUUGUGAAGGAGCAACUGGCAGCUGUGACCCAAAAGUGGGAUAGCCUCACAGGACAAUUGAGUGACAGAUGUGCCUGGAUUGACCAAGCCAUUGUUAAAAGCACACAAUAUCAAAGCCUACUGAGAAGCCUUUCUGAUAAACUGAAUGACUUCGAUAAUAAACUCAGCAGCAUUCUGGCCGUGGGCACGCACCCUGAUGCUAUGAACCAACAGUUGGAAACAGCCCAAAAAAUGAAGCAGGAAAUAGAGCAGGAAACGAAGCAGAUAAAAGUGGCCCAGACGCUCUGUGAGGAUUUGUCAGCACUGGUGAAAGAAGAGUACUUGAAAGCAGAACUUAGUAGACAAUUGGAAGGCAUUUUAAAAUCAUUUAAAGAUAUUGAACAAAAAGCAGAGAACCAUGUCCAGCACCUUCAGUCAGCCUGUGCAAGCUCUCAUCAAUUUCAGCAAAUGUCUAGAGAUUUUCAGGCUUGGCUGGAUACAAAGAAAGAAGAGCAAAACAAGUCUCAUCCAAUAUCAGCCAAACUUGAUGUCUUAGAGUCAUUAAUUAAAGAUCAGAAAGACUUUAGUAAAACUCUGACUGCCCAGUCUAAUAUUUAUGAAAAAACCAUUGCAGAAGGUGAAAAUCUGUUAUUAAAAACACAAGGGUCUGAGAAGGCAGCCUUACAGUUACAGCUUAACACGAUUAAAACCAACUGGGAUGGAUUUAAUAAACAGGUGAAAGAAAGAGAAGACAAGUUAAAAGAUUCAUUGGAAAAAGCCCUCAAGUAUAAAGAGCAUGUGGAGACUCUCCGGCCGUGGAUAGACAAAUGUCAGAAUGACCUGGAGGAAAUAAAAUUUUGCUUGGAUCCUGCUGAAACUGAGAGUUCUAUUGCCAAGUUAAAGUCUUUGCAGAAGGAAAUGGACCAACACUUUGGUAUGGUAGAAUUACUAAACAACACAGCCAAUAGCUUGCUCAGUGUCUGUGAGACAGACAAAGAGGUUGUUACAGAUGAGAAUAAAUCACUGAUCCAGAAGGUAGACAUGGUCACUGAACAACUUCACAGUAAGAAAUUCUCUCUGGAGAAUAUGGCUCAGAAGUUUAAGGAAUUUCAGGAAGUUUCCAAAGAAGCUCAAAGGCAGCUUCAGUGUGCAAAGGAACAGCUGGACAUCCAUGAUUCCCUAGGCCCCCAGGCUUACAGUAACAAAAAUCUGACCAUGUUGCAGACUCAGCAGAAAUCACUGCAGACCUUGAAGCCUCAGGUAGAAUUGGCCAAAAGACUUGCUCAGGACCUUGUGGUAGAAACCUCAGACUCAAAGGGAACCUCUGAUAUAUUAUUACAAGCAGAAACGUUAGCUCAAGAGCAUAAUGCAGUAAGUCAGCAGGUUGAUGAAAAGUGUUCAUUCUUAGAAACCAAGCUUCAAGGCAUUGGGCAUUUCCAGAAUACCAUCCGAGAAAUGUUUUCUCAGUUUGCAGAGUUCGAUGAUGAACUGGAUAGCAUGGCUCCAGUAGGGAGAGACGUAGAAACAUUGCAAAAGCAAAAGGAGUCUAUAAAAGCCUUUCUGAAGAAACUAGAAGCCCUCAUAGCAAGCAACGACAAUGCCAAUAAAACCUGCAAGAUGAUGCUAGCCACAGAAGAAACAUCUCCUGACCUCAUUGGAAUCAAAAGGGACUUGGAGGCUUUAAGCAAACAAUGCAACAAGUUACUGGACCGAGCCCAAGCCAGAGAAGAGCAGGUUGAAGGGACAAUUGAGCGUCUUGAAGAAUUCUACAGCAAAUUGAAAGACUUUUCUACUCUGCUUCGGAAAGCUGAAGAACAUGAAGAGUCACAAGGUCCCGUUGGUAUGGAAACAGAGACAAUUAAUCAGCAGCUCAAUGUCUUCAAGGUAUUCCAGAAAGAAGAGAUUGAACCCUUGCAGGUUAAACAGCAGGAUGUAAACUGGUUAGGUCAAGGCCUUAUUCAGAGUGCUGCUAAAAGCACGAGCACUCAGGGUUUGGAGCAUGACCUGGAUGACGUCAAUGCACGGUGGAAGACUCUCAAUAAGAAGGUGGCUCAGCGAGCAGCCCAGCUGCAGGAGGCCUUGCUGCACUGUGGGAGGUUCCAGGAUGCCCUGGAGUCCCUGCUCAGCUGGAUGGUGGACACUGAGGAGCUCGUGGCCAAUCAGAAGCCCCCGUCGGCUGAGUUCAAAGUGGUGAAGGCCCAGAUACAAGAGCAAAAGCUUCUCCAAAGAUUGUUGGAUGACCGCAAAUCUACUGUGGAGGUAAUCAAACGAGAAGGAGAAAAAAUCGCUGCAACAGCAGAGCCUGCAGAUAAAGUGAAGAUUUUGAAACAGCUGAGUCUCUUGGAUAGUAGAUGGGAGGCAUUGCUUAAUAAAGCUGAAACAAGGAAUCGUCAGUUGGAAGGUAUCUCAGUGGUAGCACAGCAAUUUCAUGAAACCUUAGAACCACUGAAUGAGUGGCUUACAACCGUGGAAAAGAGGCUGGUGAAUUGUGAACCCAUAGGAACCCAAGCAUCUAAACUUGAGGACCAGAUUGCACAGCACAAAGCCUUAGAAGAUGACAUCCUCAAUCACAAUAAACAUUUACACCAGGCUGUUAGCAUUGGCCAGUCCUUAAAGGUUUUGAGCUCCAGGGAGGACAAAGAUAUGGUGCAGAAUAAAUUAGACUUCUCUCAAGUAUGGUACAUUGAGAUUCAAGAGAAAAGUCACAGCAGGUCUGAGCUCCUCCAGCAGGCCUUAUGUAAUGCUAAGAUUUUUGGGGAAGAUGAAGUUGAGCUGAUGAACUGGCUGAAUGAAGUGCAUGGCAAACUGAGCAAGCUCUCAGUCCAGGAGUACAGCCCUGAGGGGCUGUGGAAGCAGCAGGCUGAACUUCGGGUUCUGCAAGAGGACAUUUUACUCAGGAAACAAAAUGUAGAUCAGGCAUUACUAAAUGGUUUAGAACUACUCAAACAAACCACAGGUGAUGAAGUUUUAAUAAUUCAAGAUAAAUUGGAAGCCAUUAAAGCAAGGUACAAAGACAUUACUAAAUUGAGCACCGAUGUAGCCAAGACUCUGGAACAGGCACUGCAGCUUGCAAGGCGGCUGCAUUCGACGCACGAAGAGCUGUGUACCUGGCUGGACAAAGUGGAGGUGGAAUUACUUUCAUAUGAAACUCAGGUUCUGCAAGGAGAAGCAGCAAGCCAAGCACAAGUGAGACAAAAAGAACUGCAGAAGGAAGCUAAGAACAACAAAGCCUUAUUAGACUCCCUUAACGAAGUGAGCAGUGCUUUGCUGGAACUGGUACCAUGGAGGGCAAGAGAAGGACUUGAGAAAAUGGUAGCUGAGGACAAUGAGCGCUACCGAUUAGUGAGCGACACCAUCACUCAGAAGGUGGAGGAGAUCGAUGCCGCCAUUCUGAGAUCACAGCAGUUUGACCAAGCAGCUGAUGCUGAGUUAUCCUGGAUUACUGAAACAGAAAAGAAAUUGAUGUCUCUGGGUGACAUCAGGCUUGAGCAAGACCAGACUUCUGCUCAGCUGCAGGUUCAAAAGACAUUCACCAUGGAGAUUUUGAGACACAAGGAUAUUAUUGAUGAACUUGUUAAAUCUGGGCAUAAAGUCAUGACCACAUGCAGUGAAGAGGAAAAGCAGUCAAUGAAGAAAAAACUGGACAAGGUACUGAAGAAGUAUGAUGCCAUCUGCCAGAUAAACUCAGAGAGGUAUCUGCAGCUAGAACGGGCACAGUCCCUGGUUAACCAGUUCUGGGAAACAUACGAAGAACUUUGGCCAUGGCUCACAGAAACACAAAGAAUCAUCUCUCAACUUCCUGCCCCAGCCCUUGAAUAUGAAACUCUAAGACAACAGCAGGAAGAACAUCGGCAACUGCGAGAGUUGAUAGCCGAACACAAGCCUCAUAUAGAUAAGAUGAACAAAACUGGGCCACAGUUACUGGAAUUGAGCCCAGGGGAAGGCUUUUCUAUCCAAGAGAAGUAUGUGGCAGCUGACACCCUUUAUAGUCAAAUUAAAGAAGAUGUCAAAAAGCGAGCUGUGGCAUUGGAUGAAGCCAUUUCUCAAUCAACUCAGUUCCAUGACAAGACAGAUCAGAUUCUGGAGAGCCUGGAACGCAUUGUGGAGCGUUUGAGGCAGCCACCGUCUAUUUCUGCGGAGGUCGAGAAGAUUAAGGAGCAGAUCAGUGAAAAUAAGAAUGUGUCAGUAGACAUGGAAAAGCUACAACCAUUGUAUGAAACUCUUAAACAGAGAGGAGAGGAAAUGAUUGCUAGAUCUGGGGGCACUGAUAAAGACAUAUCUGCCAAAGCUGUUCAGGAUAAGCUUGACCAAAUGGUUUUCAUUUGGGAGAACAUACACACGCUGGUGGAAGAAAGGGAAGCCAAACUACUAGAUGUAAUGGAACUAGCAGAAAAGUUCUGGUGUGAUCACAUGUCAUUGGUAGUUACCACUAAAGAUACUCAAGACUUCAUCCGGGACCUGGAAGAUCCCGGAAUUGAUCCCUCAGUAGUAAAACAACAGCAAGAAGCGGCAGAGGCCAUUAGGGAAGAAAUAGAUGGGCUCCAAGAAGAGCUGGAUAUAGUUAUUAACCUGGGUUCUGAACUCAUCGCCGCGUGUGGGGAACCUGAUAAACCCAUUGUCAAGAAGAGUAUAGAUGAGUUAAAUUCGGCCUGGGAUUCUCUAAAUAAAGCUUGGAAAGACCGGGUGGACAAGCUUGAGGAGGCGAUGCAGGCUGCUGUUCAGUACCAGGAUGGACUGCAGGUGAGAGGAUUACAGUGGGCCCGCUGGUCUCUGCUGGAAGGAGGAAUCAUCCCAAUUGGUGUCUACACAUGGGCACUACCCCGGACUGCAAGUCAAUUUAAGUCAGAGGCCUAUCAACAACAGAUAGAAAUGGAAAGACUGAACCAUCAAGCAGAGCUUUUGCUGAAGAAAGUAACAGAGGAGAGCGACAAACACACUGUUCAAGACCCACUAAUGGAACUGAAAUUGAUAUGGGAUAGUCUGGAUGAGAGAAUUAUCAACAGACAGCAUAAGCUGGAAGGUGCGCUAUUAGCACUGGGCCAGUUCCAACAUGCCCUGGAUGAGCUCUUGACGUGGCUGACCCACACCGAGGGCUUGCUAAGUGAGCAGAAACCUGUUGGAGGAGACCCGAAAGCCAUUGAAAUUGAACUUGCCAAGCACCAUGUGCUCCAAAAUGAUGUAUUAGCCCAUCAGUCCACAGUGGAAGCCGUUAAUAAAGCAGGAAAUGAUCUAAUUGAAUCAAGUGCAGGAGAAGAAGCGAGCAACCUUCAGAACAAGCUAGAGGUUUUAAAUCAACGCUGGCAAAAUGUUUUGGAAAAAACAGAACAAAGGAAGCAGCAGCUGGAUGGUGCCUUGCGGCAGGCCAAAGGGUUCCAUGGCGAAAUUGAGGAUUUACAGCAGUGGCUGACUGACACGGAGCGACAUCUGUUGGCAUCCAAACCUCUGGGAGGUUUACCAGAAACAGCCAAGGAGCAGCUUAAUGCCCAUAUGGAAAUCUGUGCAGCCUUUGAUGCUAAAGAAGAAACAUAUAUGAGUCUGAUGCAGAAGGGCCAGCAGAUGCUUGCAAGAUGCCCCAAAUCUGCAGAGACAAAUAUUGACCAAGACAUAAAUAACUUGAAAGAAAAGUGGGAAUCGGUGGAAACCAAGCUCAAUGAAAGGAAAACUAAACUGGAAGAGGCCCUCAACUUGGCAAUGGAGUUCCACAAUUCUCUGCAAGACUUCAUCAACUGGCUUACCCAGGCUGAACAGACCUUAAACGUAGCUUCUCGGCCAAGUCUUAUCUUGGACACGGUCUUGUUUCAAAUUGAUGAACACAAGGUCUUUGCCAAUGAAGUAAAUUCUCACCGAGAGCAGAUAAUAGAGCUGGACAAAACUGGAACUCACCUGAAAUAUUUCAGUCAGAAACAGGAUGUUGUCCUAAUUAAGAAUCUACUUAUCAGUGUACAAAGUCGGUGGGAAAAAGUGGUUCAACGGUUAGUAGAAAGAGGAAGAUCUUUGGAUGAUGCAAGGAAGAGGGCCAAGCAGUUCCAUGAAGCCUGGAGUAAACUUAUGGAGUGGCUAGAAGAGUCAGAAAAGUCUUUGGAUUCUGAACUGGAAAUUGCCAAUGAUCCAGACAAAAUAAAAACACAACUUGCACAACAUAAGGAGUUUCAGAAAUCACUUGGAGCCAAGCAUUCUGUCUACGACACCACCAACAGAACUGGACGUUCUCUGAAGGAGAAAACCUCCCUGGCUGAUGACAACCUGAAACUAGAUGACAUGCUAAGUGAGCUCAGAGACAAAUGGGAUACGAUAUGUGGAAAAUCUGUGGAAAGACAAAACAAGUUGGAGGAAGCCCUGUUAUUUUCUGGACAAUUCACUGAUGCCCUGCAGGCCCUCAUUGAUUGGCUGUAUAGAGUUGAACCCCAGCUGGCGGAAGACCAGCCUGUCCAUGGGGACAUUGAUUUAGUGAUGAAUCUGAUCGAUAAUCACAAGGCCUUCCAGAAAGAGCUGGGGAAGAGGACCAGCAGCGUGCAGGCCCUGAAGCGCUCGGCCCGAGAGCUCAUAGAAGGCAGUCGGGACGACUCCUCCUGGGUCAAGGUCCAGAUGCAGGAACUGAGCACACGCUGGGAGACCGUGUGUGCACUUUCUAUAUCAAAGCAGACACGGUUAGAGGCAGCCCUGCGUCAGGCAGAGGAAUUUCACUCGGUGGUACAUGCGCUCCUGGAGUGGCUGGCAGAGGCGGAGCAAACCCUGCGUUUCCAUGGCGUUCUCCCUGACGACGAGGAUGCUCUCCGGACUCUCAUUGAUCAGCACAAAGAAUUCAUGAAGAAACUGGAAGAAAAAAGAGCCGAACUGAAUAAAGCCACCAGUAUGGGAGACGCUGUUUUGGCUAUCUGCCACCCUGAUUCCAUCACCACCAUCAAGCACUGGAUAACCAUCAUCCGGGCCAGGUUUGAGGAGGUGCUGGCCUGGGCAAAGCAACAUCAGCAGAGAUUGGCAAGUGCUCUGGCUGGGCUCAUUGCUAAACAGGAAUUGUUGGAAGCUUUGCUAGCUUGGUUGCAAUGGGCUGAAACUACACUUACUGAUAAGGAUAAAGAAGUCAUCCCCCAGGAGAUCGAAGAGGUGAAAGCCCUCAUUGCAGAACACCAGACCUUCAUGGAGGAAAUGACCAGAAAACAGCCUGAUGUUGAUAAAGUCACCAAGACCUAUAAGAGGAGAGCAGCUGAUCCUUCCUCAUUACAAUCCCAUAUUCCAGUGUUGGAUAAGGGACGAGCAGGAAGAAAACGCUUCCCAGCAUCAAGCUUAUAUCCCUCUGGAUCACAGACACAAAUAGAAACCAAGAAUCCCAGGGUAAACUUAUUGGUGAGCAAAUGGCAGCAAGUCUGGCUCCUCGCAUUGGAAAGAAGGAGAAAGCUCAAUGAUGCCUUGGACAGGCUAGAGGAGCUGAGAGAAUUUGCUAACUUCGAUUUUGAUAUCUGGCGCAAAAAAUACAUGCGGUGGAUGAAUCACAAGAAAUCUCGAGUGAUGGACUUCUUCAGGAGAAUUGAUAAAGACCAGGAUGGGAAAAUCACACGACAGGAAUUUAUUGAUGGAAUUCUUUCCUCGAAGUUCCCAACCAGUCGCCUGGAGAUGAGUGCAGUUGCAGACAUCUUUGACAGAGACGGUGAUGGAUAUAUUGACUACUAUGAAUUUGUAGCAGCUCUUCACCCAAAUAAAGAUGCAUAUAAACCUAUCACAGAUGCUGACAAAAUCGAAGAUGAGGUGACAAGGCAGGUAGCUAAGUGUAAAUGUGCAAAACGAUUUCAAGUUGAACAGAUUGGUGAUAACAAGUACAGGUUCUUCCUGGGAAAUCAGUUCGGAGACUCCCAGCAACUGCGCCUGGUUCGGAUCCUUCGAAGUACUGUGAUGGUUCGUGUUGGAGGUGGAUGGAUGGCGCUUGAUGAGUUCUUAGUGAAAAACGAUCCCUGCAGGGCCAAAGGAAGAACGAACAUGGAACUGCGCGAGAAGUUCAUUUUAGCGGAUGGCGCCAGUCAGGGCAUGGCUGCUUUCCGACCCCGGGGCCGAAGAUCCCGGCCUUCGUCACGAGGAGCUUCCCCCAACAGAUCUGCCUCUGUGUCCAGUCAGGCUGGGCAGGCGGCCUCCCCGCAGGUCCCUGCCACCAGCACACCCAAGAUUCUCCAUCCUUUAACACGCAAUUAUGGUAAACCAUGGUUGACAAACAGCAAAAUGUCAACUCCUUGUAAACCUGCAGAGUGCUCAGACUUUCCCGUGCCAUCCGCAGAGGGAACACCAAUACAAGGAAGCAAGCUUCGACUCCCAGGAUAUUUAUCAGGGAAAAGCUUCCACUCUGGGGAGGACAGUGGCUUGAUAACAACUGCGGCUGCCAGAGUCCGAACACAAUUUGCUGAUUCCAAGAAGACUCCCAGCCGGCCAGGAAGUCGAGCUGGAAGCAAAGCUGGUAGCAGGGCCAGCAGCCGCCGAGGCAGUGACGCAUCAGACUUUGACAUUUCAGAAAUCCAGUCCGUGUGCUCAGACGUGGAGGCUGUCCCCCAGACGCACAGACCUACGCCCCGAGCAGGUUCUCGGCCAUCCACAGCCAAGCCUUCCAAAAUCCCCACACCGCAGAGGAAAUCACCUGCCAGCAAAUUGGACAAGUCCUCAAAGAGAUAGUGCAAUUGGUUCCACCAAGAUUCUUCCUCGAGCAUUUAUUAUUUAAGUUUGAACAAUGUAAAAUAUGAUGUAGAAAUUCUUGUGAAAUAUUGUAAGAGGCGAGUUUAAAAUUCUGCAGAUGGCCUUAUUUGUGUAUUUGUCUUUUUAUUUUAUCUGUAUAAUUUUCUUUUUGUCAGAUAUUCUGGGGUUACAGUCACAUCGUACGUGAGCGGGAAGAAAGAAUUUAACAUGCACUAACAUUUCUGCGCUGUAACGUGCAGAGCACACACUAAAAUCAGUUACUGUACCUACAGGUAAGUCUACAUCCUCUCUGACAACCACAGCACUACGUGCAUUGCUAACGUUAAGGAUACCUCAUGACAUUUUCUCCCGUUUAUGGAAGCUCUGAAAAGCUGAAAGACACACACAGGGGAUAUAUUUUAAGAUGAUUCAAAUGUAAGCUGAAGGACACAAGACAGAAAGACAAACACAUCCACACACAAUUCUUUAAGCACUAUCUGACAGAGAACUCACAGGAAGUUACUUCCAGCACUUGCCGGGACUCUGCUAUUCAAGUACUUUGCAGCAUUUCUGUGCCAUUGCUCUCCGCGAGGCCAGAGGCACCCUGGAUAUUAGACCUAUUAUACCGUAAGAAUAUUAUUAUAAAGUGCAUUCAUCUACAUGUGAGGUUUUCUUUUGCUUGAGUGGACAGUAGCACCUGUAUCAUUGAACUCAUUUUGUAUCAAAGCAAUUUUGCUUGCAGAAAGCUAUGAAAUAAAACAUGUCCCUUAACUGCAUUGCUACGGAAUUAAUUUUUUUCCCCAGGGAAAAUUAGUGUAUUUUUUUAUGAGCAAUAUCAAUUUGGAGUGACCAAAAGAUACUUAAAAAUGGGUUUAUUUUGAUUUCUCAUCUGAAAUAAUCAUGUUCUGGUAUUAUAUCUAUCUAUAUUUAAUAAAUAUAUACAUUUUAAUUUAUUAUGUAUACUCACAUACUAUAGAAAGAUUAGUAUGCAUUUAAUAAAACAUAUUCACUUGAA